AUGCAUUUUUUCAACCUGAUUUAUCACAUGAACUUUUUCUUAAUGCUCCAGAACUUCAUGAGCAGGCUUUCAACAUCUAUUUUUAUGCUAUGAUGAAGGAUGUUUAUAAAACUGAAACCCGAGAUGUAAAAGGACGCCAAGCACACAAUGUUGUAACUUACAAAUGGCAAAACUUAUUAGAAAUAGAUAAGUCUAAAAUUAAAAAAAUUAAAAAGCAAACACCUAAAACUGGUAUUGUUCAUACAAAAAAACUAUGUCAAAAGCAUCAAACUACUGAAGAAAAAAGAAACAUACUUGAUCCUAUUCUCUCUGAAAAGAUUUUUCCUAAUGAUAAACUUCCUGAUCUUCUUUCACAACUUAAUACUGUAUCUACUGGAUGGACAGAAUCUUGCAUAAAAAUUUUUUAG